AUCACUUCCACAAAGAAAUGCAAAAUGGCUUCAGUGUUUAAUUGUGUCUUUUCUUUAAGGUUUGUUCCUGUCUAUCUUCUCCCGAUUCAAGAAAUUGAUUUGCAGAGAAAUGACAGGCCCAUUGUUCCCAACAACAAGUAAACACUGCGCAAGGAGUACUGGACUCUUUGGGUGUCUGCUGUUAGCCAUCCUUGGUUUCACUUGUUUAUAUUUAAGAUAUUUAAGGUUCACUGUCCUGAUGAUGAAUCUGCCAAUUGCUACCAAACCUGAACCAAGACACGAGAUUAAUUUGGAUGACUCACUUAAUUUUGGGGCCAGACCAGCGGUUCAAACAUCCACAUCUUGGAAAGCUCCUAUCAUCUGGGAGGGGAUGUUUGACCCCAGACUUUAUGACCAAAGGCACACUGAAGAAAAGUCAUCUGUAGCCCUUACUGUGUUUGCUGUGGGAAGGUACCUGGAUGCCUAUCUCAAGACCUUCCUCACCUCAGCAGAACAACAUUUCAUGUUGGGGUUACCAGUGACUUAUUAUGUGUUUACAGAUUUACCAGAUAAAGUGCCAAAUAUCACACUUGCUUCUCAGCGGAACAUGAAGGUUAUCCAGGUGGAAAAGUACAUCAGGUGGCAGGACAUCUCUAUGAUGCGAAUGAAGAUGAUAUCAGAAGCAAUAGAGUCAGAGAUCCGCCACAGCUUUCCUUAUGUCUUCUGUUUUGAUGUGGAUCAGGAGUUUAAAGGGAGAUUUGGAUCUGACGCUCUGGGUGAUUCUGUGGCAUUGCUCCAUGCCCACUAUUAUAAAUUGCCAAAGCACAGAUUUACCUAUGACAGAAACCCUAAAUCUAAAGCCUUCAUGGAGGAUGGAGAUUUCUACUACCAUGCUGCUAUCUUUGGUGGGCUGUGGCAAAAUGUAAAGCAUCUGGUAGAUUACUGUUAUCUGAGCAUCAUGGAGGAUAAAAUAAACGAUGUGGAAGCUGAGUGGCAUGAUGAGAGCCAUCUAAACAAAUACUAUUGGAUUCAUAAACCAAGCAGGCUGCUCUCUCCAGAGUACUGCUGGGACCAGAGCAUUGGUGACAAAAGUGAUAUACUUGUCACCCGCCUAGUCUGGGCACCAAAGCAUUAUAACACACUUCGUACUGGGUAG